AUGUCUCGACGCGUGGAUACUCUUGGUGGUCCAUCGGAGCCACCGCAAUGGGCGACAGAUUUCUCCGGCUCAGAGAUGCGAGGACCGGGCGAGUCUUCGACUUUGUCACAUGUACCCCGAGCUGCGUCUGAUAUCACACCGAGUGUACCUAUGGCCUCGCAUCUAUCUGGCGACUCUAUACCAUCCGCAUACUCCGAGUCCUUCACCAUCAGGCGCCAUCCGCCAGAUCGGGUCGUUUCUGGACAAUUCUAUGCUCUCGAAACGGACCCCGAGCCGGAAUCCGGAGAGUUGCUCCGAGAGAGUCCGCUGCACAGUCCCGUAGAAAGCCUGGAGCGAGAUUCAGAUGGGGAGAAUGACAACGGUCAACGGAAGAAGAAGAGGACACGGGUCUUGAUGACCCAUCAACAGCAGGCCACCCUAUCGAAAUUGUGGAGAGCGACAAAAUUUCCCGGGACUGGCGAACGAGAAGCGGUGGCAAAACAGGUCGGACUGACUGGUCGUCAAGUUCAGGUCUGGUUCCAAAGCUCACCCCGUUCUCGUCGACUCACCUUGGAAGCUACCAAAGCUGCCGAUAGGGAUAGAGUCACAGCUUGGGCAGCGGAAUCUGGAGCAGCGACGGGAUACCUCGGCGUCUCACUAGAAGAAGGUGCUGAUCGGGCAUCAGACGUUGAUGAAGAUGGCGAAGAGCCAGACUGGUCACUGUCUCAAUCCGCUUCACACGCUGAAUCUUCCAGGAGGUUGUCUCGCUCUGACCGUCCGAAUCGAGCUUCAACCAUGUGGGAGCUGGACGAAGAUGAGCGUCUACAAGCCUUCUCCCACCCUCAUCGACACCCGCAACCCAGUCCACAUCGCUUGUCACCGAAGAGUUCGACUCGGAGAGAGAGCAACUUGCAUGGUCCUCUGGACGCACCCGUCUCGUGCAGACCGUUGGCAGGUCGUUCAGGUGGAGCAUUUCAAUCAUAUGCUCGCAGUCCUUCAUUGAACGAUCCAUGGACUCUCCGACCGAGUCCUCAGUCAGUCACCUCACCCCUCAGUCCCGCCCUUCCACCGCUUCCACAUCAUUCCCAUUCCGCCCCUAAUCCCACAAAAAAAGACUCCCUACCUCAGCUCAACAACCACUCCAGACCUCAGUCAUUCGAUGGAACUCGGCCAUCCGAGCUUCCGCCGAGUCUCGUCAACCUCACACUGACUGGGCCGAUGGCACACGAGGUCGCGGGCGGUCGUUCAAGGGAUUCAUUCCACUCACUGGCCGUACACCAUUACGAUCAUGUUCCAUCGCGCUCUGGAUCCCUGACGACUUCUUCACCCGCCAUGCCAGGAUAUCAUCCUGAACCUGAGCUGUCCCGAUCAAGGACAGACAGUGCGCGUACGUCGCGCACUGGUCCGUUGACCGAGUCUCACAGUUCAAGAGAUUGGUUCAGGUCGUCUUUGAAUUCGGAUCGAAAGUGGUCGGAGGGAUCCGUCAUGAUGUCUCAAGACGGCGAUAUCAAUAUGUCUGCUCGUGGUGUCCAGCCCGAUCAAGCAUUCAAAUGCCAAUCUGGACCAACCAUCGCCAGCGUCGGCGCCGAUGGCACUCAUCAGAUAAUGUCGAAAUUUGCUCAAUCACCCGUCGACCUGGAGAUGCGCAAAUCGAGCGAUACGAAACCGACUCAAUAUCGCUCCCAGCCAGGUUCACCCCUGAAGCACCUUGGGUCUCGGAACGAAGCGACUUCGAACAAACGGAAAUCAUUCGAGAUGCCUCUUCCCCCGUCUAACAAUGGCGUCUGGGAUAGACUCACCUCGGCUUCUCUUCCCAGCAACAGGUCAGAGGGGGAACGAGCUCAGCAGCUCAACACGGUGUCUGAAUCAUCUGCGAAGAGGGACCUACCGAGUUUCAGAGAUAUGUUCCGGUAG